UCAGUCUUUCCGCUGUGAAACCUCGCGCAUCAGUGAGUGGUUCCUCGUUUCUGUGUCUGAGUUGUUUUUUUUUGGCACCGAAUGGAGUGGAAGAUGUUUGGGACACGGACAGGACGUGGCGCACUGUCCCUCUGCUGUCUGCUGAUGCUGUUACAGAGUGUGGCAGAUUCUGCGACCACCUGUCGUUCAAACCAACUGCGUUGCGAUAACGGCAGGUGCGUCACGCUGAGGUGGAUCUGUGACGGGAGGGACGACUGCGGAGACGGUACCGACGAGCGGCCGGAAACGUGCGCAAACAAGAACUGCUCAGAAUCAGAGUUCAACUGUGGCCUCCCGUUGAACCAGUGUAUACCGGAAAGAUGGCACUGUGACGGGAGGGCGGACUGCAAGAACGGAGCGGACGAGAAAGACUGCACUGCCAAAACAUGCAAAGACGGCGAGUUCCAGUGCACAAACGGGCAGUGCAUAUCCAAAUCAUUCGUGUGUGACAAAGACGCAGACUGCAGCGACGGUUCCGACGAGGUUUCCUGUCCCGCCCCGACGUGCAGCCCCAACGCCUUCCAGUGUAACAACUCGGUGUGCGUCCCGUUGAUCUGGAAAUGUGACGGGGACGCAGACUGCGCCGACGGCUCCGACGAGUGGCCCCAAACCUGCGCGGGACAAGAAGUGGAAAAGAAGCCAGUGCAGUGCGGCCCACACCAGUUCCAGUGUGCCAAUGGGCAAUGCAUUCACAGGAUAUGGAGAUGUGACGGUAGCCCCGACUGUGAGGAUGAGUCCGACGAACUCAACUGUACUCGGCCGACGUGUCGCCAGGAUCAGUUCCAGUGCGGCGAUGGGACGUGCAUCCACGGCAGCCGCCAGUGUAACCGUGUGUUCGACUGCAGGGACCAGAGCGAUGAAGCUGGCUGUGAAAUAGAAAACGACUGUGAGGGCCCCACCAAGUUUAAAUGUAAAAACGGGGAGUGUAUCAGAGCUGAGAAAGUGUGUGACGCCACGGCCGACUGCAAGGAUGGGUCCGACGAGCCAGCGGAGUGCGGUUUAAACGAAUGCGGCAACAAUAAUGGCGGCUGUUCCCACAUCUGCAACGAUCUUUCUUUGCUCGGAUUCAACUGUUCCUGUCGAGUCGGAUACAGACUUAAACCGGACUUAAAGACGUGCGAAGAUAUCGACGAGUGCAGCGUGCCCGACACCUGCAGCCAGAUCUGCGUAAACGUAGAAGGCGGUUACAGAUGCGACUGCGAGCUGGGCUAUGAGAUCGACCCCGCAACUGGAACAUGCAAAGCUGUGGCUGGAUCUGCCGCCAUGUUGUACUUCACCAGUCGACACGAGCUGAGGGUGAUGACGGCGGACAGCAGCGAGUACAUACGCCUCAUCCCAGAGCUCAAGAACGCAGUCGCUCUGGAUGUGAACAUACCGACAAAGACGAUUUUUUGGUCUGAUCUGUCGCUAAAGAAAAUCUACAGCACAAACGUAGAAACCGCUGGCGACUUCUCCACCCACACCGUCGUGAUCGACAGCGGCAUCGAAGCCCCGGAGGGAAUCGCCGUCGACUGGAUCCACGGGAACAUUUACUGGACGGACAGCGAUUUGAAAACCAUCUCCGUGGCAACGACCGACGGAAGCAAGAGGAAGACGCUGAUCUCGGAGAAGUUGGAGGAGCCCAGGGCCAUCACGGUGGACCCGGUCAAUAACUUCAUGUACUGGACUGACUGGGGCGAGGAGGCGAAAAUCGAGAAGAGCGGACUGAAUGGAGCUGCCCGCGUCGCCAUAGUGACCGACAAUAUUAUGUGGCCCAACGGCAUCACUCUGGACAUGGUGAAUCAGCGUUUGUAUUGGGUCGACUCCAAGAUGCACACUCUGUCCAGCGUGGAUGUCAGCGGAGGGUCCCGGCGCACUCUGAUCAUCGACGAGAAGCACCUCGCACAUCCCAUGUCUCUGGCUGUUUUUGAGGACAAAGUUUUCUGGACCGACAUUACAAACGGGGCGGUCUACAGUGCCAGUCGUUUGACGGGUGGAGACAUCACAGAGCUGGUGAAAGAUCUGAACCACGCAGAAGACAUCGUCGUCUAUCACGAACUCAAGCAGACCAAUGGAACAAACUGGUGCCAAACGAACAACGGCGGAAAUGGAGACUGUGAGUUCUUCUGCCUCCCCGCCCCUCGCAUCAACGACCGCUCUCCCCGGUACACGUGCGCCUGCCCAGAUCACAUGACCAUGGCGCCCGAUAACAGGAAGUGCGCUGGAGGUGCGGUUAACCCUCCCGUGACCGACCCUGCGCCUCCACCUAAAGCUCCCACCACUCAAGCUCCGAAACAGGAUACUACUACUACUACUACAACUACUACUACUACUACUACUACUACUACUACUACUACUACUACUACAGCUCCAGCCAAACCCACGACUUCAGCAGCACCUGAACUGAUCGUAACUGCUCAAAGGAAUAACCAACUGUCUGGAACGCCAACCGAAGAUGACUCCUCCCACCCUGUCGCUGUUUACGUGGUCGUACCCAUUCUGGUCAUGUCGCUGCUGAUCUUUGGCGCCGUGUUGUUUUGGCGAAACUGGCGUCUGAAAAACACCAACACCAUCCACUUUAUCAACCCGGUUUACCAGAAAACGACCGAGGACGAGGUUCACAUUUGCCAAAACACUUCACAGGGCUACGUCUAUCCCGAGAGAACGAUGCUGAGUAUGGAGGACAUGGACGUGGCGUAAAUCGGUCUCAAUCGAUACAAAUGAAGAAGCCAUUUUCUUCGAGUGCUGCUUAGAAAGAAGAAGAAGAAGAAGAAAAAAAAAAAAAAAAACCUCGCGUGCUGACCUCAAUCCGCGGCUUACGCUUCUGAUGUCGAUACUGCGCCGCCGCCCGAGUCUAAACCAAAAACAAACUGAAGAAAACACACUCAGGUUUGUCGAUUUUUAAAGGGGAAGAAGUGCAAUUUUCACGAUGAAGGCUGACGUCAGGAUACUGUCCUCGAAGUUUAAGAUAUUUAUUGAAAUUCUGUUGCUCGUGUUCGCUCCGAAAAGCCUUACGCAAAGAGCCGUGUGCCUUCAGAACUGCAUUCCACGACCCUACUGAGCCGACCUGUUACUACAACUUCACAAUCUUUACAAUCUUUAAAAUCUUCCAACGGGAGCAAGCCAUUUUGAGCGACGUUUUUAUAUCUGUCUGAUUCUGGUGGAGGUAAACCUGAUUUGUUUACUUUUAACUGGCUGCUGCUUGGACCAAAAUGAAGAAAAUCUGAAGCGUUUUGUUUGAAUUUUAUGAAGGUAUUUGCGUUUCUUUAAAGCACUGUACAUAAUGUGUGUUUGUAUAUAUUGUAAAACUCGCCUUGAGAUGUUGCCUUUUAUAUUUGUAAUCAAAAUAUGUGUAUAUAGUUUUAUUUAUUAAAAUUUGUUCUGUUUACUCUUGUACAUACACCGAACUGUGCCUGGAUAUAUUGAAGUUUUGUUGAGUUUUGCAGUUUCUUGGUUUGUAUCGACGACACGCAGCUCAUUUCAGGAACACGUUUAUUCGAUGGACCGCGAUAUGACUAUUUAUUUAAGAUUUUAGCUGCACGUUUUACUUUGGCGCACGUCGUUCUGCUGUUCUCUGUUGCAUCUCUUGUGGAAAUAAACUGUUGUAUUGU